CGAAUAGUAUCUGACUGAAAGUCGCCGAAGAAAGGUGUGUUAUAAAUGUGCAUCCUUAACGUCGGGAUUUUUGCUAUUUUUUUUCUUUUGGUUGGAAUGAAAUAAAAUAAGAAAAUUUUUAUCAAAUCCUAAAAAUUUAUCAAGUUAAAUCUGAAUUUUGAUCCUUAGUUUUAUCUGUCCCUCUAUUUUUAAAUCCUCAAAAAUACCAAGUGUGGUUUAAGAAAAAAUUCAAGUUAAACAAAAUAUAAAUUGGAUUGAUUUUUAAGUUUAAAACCAAAUAUCGAAAAAAAAGUAUCUUCGAGUGCGUGACGAAAGUAUCUAUGGUACUUAUCAACGAGUGAAAAAUAAAAGAAAAAAUAAAUAAAUUGGAAAAUCAAAAUAAGGAAAAAAUUGAGUGAAUCUAAAAAGGAAAAGUGAAAAAGUGAUUUAGAAUUAAAUCAGAAAAAAAAAGAAUUAAAAAUACAUUAUGGAUUAAAAUUACAUUCGACAACUUCUAACCGGUCUAUGGAUAAUUUAUAUACCAUUUCGGGCUGACCACCAAAUAAAAUUAGCGAUUUUAUUGUCUGCAUAUCAAAUUCAAAUUAAUACCAAAAACAAAACACACAUAAAAUCAUAAAAGAUGUCUAAAAUUUGACACGAAAUUGUAGUUUCUUAAUUUUUAUAAUUUUUUUAUUUUUCAUUUUAUAAUUUUUAAACUUUAAUUUAAAUAAUCGUAUAUUGACACGCGAUAAUACUUAAUUAUAUUCAUUACAAAAAAUUAAUACAUCUAAGAAAAAAUAAAACAAAGUUAAGUUUUUUUUUUUUAAAUCACAUUCAAAUUUAAAUGUGGGAAAUGUAUGAAGAUCAUAUUGAAUGUGAUGAGUGCGGUGGUCCAGGACCCCCACCAAAAUUUAUGAUACCACCACCACCAAGGCCACCAUCAUUGGAUUAUGGCAUUAUAAAUACAAAUUGUAAUGAAGAAGAGAUGGCGCUUAAAGCAGCAUCAGCACAAAGCUGGGAUAGUGAUAUGUGUGAAGCAAUACCGAUUCUGGAUGCUAGUCUAUACAGCAGUCAAUCAUUACAGACAUCGGCGAUAAUUGCUGUAUUUUCAUUAUUAUUAGUUCUAGUCGUACUUAUAUCAUCCCUUUUUGUGUGGAAAAAUAAAAGAAAAGUUCAAAACUUUUUACCCUGCAAGACACCAACACGUGGUCCACAUAUGAAUGGACUACCGGGUGGACAUUCGGUGACAUAUGAAGAUCCAGAUGCACAUUUAGGACAUCGACCGUUGGUUAUGAGACAUCAUCAUCAUAACGUUGAGAUGUUACACCAUUCAAAAGGAAUUCACUAUCCCAGCGGCUAUCCGAUGACGAGGUCACCACCAUUUUUAGUCUCCUCAUCUCCGGGACCCGAUCCGUAUCGUUCGAAUGACAAUGUCUAUGAAGAACUCGGUCCGGGACGCGAUUCAGACGCUGAAUCCGAACCGCCACUACAUUCCGAUGAUGAUUUUGCCGAAGAUGAACUCUCAUUGCCUGGCGAGAGAUCAUUUAACAAAUCCAUUUCGGACACAGCCUCCACAAUACCCGUUUCGACUAUCUAUCAUGAACGAAUCACUGCGUCCUUGCAACCAUGCAACAGUAGCAGCAGCAAUAAUAAUAAUAACAACAACAACGGCCAUGAGCGGAAUUCACUGCUGUCGUCUUCGUCUUCAUCGAAUGCACAGCAUGAUGCAACAACAGUGACAUCUGCUGCCACAUCAACUUCGGCCUCAUCGACAAAUAAUAAUGCACCAAGUAGAACGGCUGGAAUUCUGUCAGGAGUCUUGCGGCACACAACCGGACGUCAGAAUAAUAAUCGCAAAAACCGCCAUAAGCCACCAGCGGCCAGUUCGAGCAUGGACGAGUUCAAUACUUCGGCGGGGUCAGAACAGUUGGUCGGCGAUAUGAUGGCUGGUGUGCCAAUGGCCCAGAAUCAUCUAUACGACAAUAGAAAUCACAAUCUUAUGUCAUUGGCCUACAAUAACAAUACCUUCCACCAUCACAGUCUGAACAAUAACCUAAACACCAACACUAACAACAACAAUCGUGCCCAAUACUACAACACGCUGGAGAAUGAAGUCGAAAGACGUAAUCGCAUCAACAACCAGCUCCACCAUCCAGCUUCGGCGGUGGCGACAAUCUUCCGCGAACGAAACAUUGUCAAUCACCCGAAUCGCUAUCCCCAGCCGUACUAUGCUGCCAGUAACUUGUUGAGCUCGAUGCGUUCCAGGACGAAUCCACGAAGCAUUGACCGUCGACGAAUAGUUCCUCCAAUGGAUCCCAUUGAGCCGACCUACGGCUAUGCGGAGCCCAUAUUCCAUGAAGGAUACCUCUACGACUCGUGUGGCCGACAGCAGCAACAGCAGUCGAAUACAGUCGGUCGCAAUGCGACGGCACUAGUCGGUGGUCCACUAUCAUAUCCGGAAUAUAUUGCUCCGGACUAUACGAGCUCUGCAGGGAUCAUGGGCUCUUAUCGACCGAGCACACAUCAGCAUCAUCAUCAUCAUCAUACGACUACUGGUGCACUAGGACACCAUCAUCACCAGCACAACCAUCAAUUGUACUCAAGGGGAAGUUCCGGAGGCGGCGGGGGUGACUCCAGUUUUGGCUCGGAUUCGGGAUACAGUCAUCAUCACAGCAGCACACCGGCCUCAUCAAUCGGCCGGGGUGUGGGCGGUGGCAUCCGAGGAAGUGGUAGCAGUGGCAACGGCAGUGGUCAGAACAGACUAACGGCUGCCUUAAAUUUUGGCUGGAAUCGACGACAGCCAAAGCAACAGCAGCAGCAAAAGCAACAACCAUCAUCAGCAGCCCAACUCCCUGCCCCACAAACAUCCACAUCCACAUCAUCAUCAUCAACAUCAUCGUCUGCAUGUCCAAAGGACAUGAAUGUUGAUCGAAGUCCGAAUAAUAACUCGGACUCCACCCAACAGCCAUCCCUAGCGACUACACAAACAGCAACAACAACAACACCACUAACACCAACAACAACUGGCUGCAAUAGCACAGACGUAGUCAACUGUAAUACACCAGCCAAGGCGUGAGAGUCGAGAGUCGAUCCCAAUUGUAAAUAAAAAACAAAUUCAAAAAACCCAUAGACUUAAGGAAGGAUUUCUUUUUUUUAAUUUUUGUUCGUUCAACAAGGACAUUGUACAUAUUGUGAUCCAGUAAAUACUACAACAACACAAACAUAAAUAAGUAAAAAAAUGGCAAAAGUAAGCAAAGCCUCAAAACAAAAAUGCAAAAAAUAAAAAAGAAAACAGUCAAGAGUUCCUUCUUCGAAUAUUUAAUGAGGAAACAAUGAAAUAAAUUAAAAUUCCUCCGUCAUUUUGUAAAUAUCCUUUUUUUGGUUCACGUUCUUUCUUCAUUCUUCAUUCUUUCCUAUGUGUGUAAAUAAAUAUUAAAAAGAAAAAUUAAAUUUUGUGAAUAUGAGUAGGUGUGUGUAAUAAAACAAAAAAAAAAAAAAAAACAAAUUGAAGAAGAAUUCAGAGAAAGAAAGAGAGAGAGAGAGCUUAUGUAGUAAUAUCCUUUCCAAAAAAUUGAAAAUAUAAAAAAUAAAAUAUUAUUUAUUUCUCGUACCUUAUUAAUUUAUUGUUUUUAUUUUUUUGUAAAUAAUAUAAUUUUAUCUGUAAAUUUCCUUUAAGACUAUCUUAAAUAAUUUUUUAGUUGUGAAAACAUGUGAUGUAUUAAAAUUUAAGAAAAUUUAACUAAAUACGAAAACCAUAAAACAUUAAAUAACUAAACAAUAAAAAUUAUUACAAUUUCUUACUAUGGAAAAAAAGACUUUUUGAGUUUAAGUUAUUUCUAUUUAAUUUUAAGUUUGUAAAUUACGAGUACUUUAAAAAUUUAAAAAAUUGUUUUGAAAUUAAGUCGAAGGAAAAUAUUAUAUUAUUUAAUUAUUUUUUUUUCAUUUGUUAAUUUAGUUUUUUAAGCGAAAAUAAUAUCAAUUUGAAAAAACGAAAACAAAAAUAAAACGAAA